AGACAAAAAAAGAAAUAUUGUAUUCCUUCUUCCCCAAAUAGAAAAGUUAAAACCCCCAUAUCUCUUCAUCAUCAUCUUCUUCUUCUUCUCCCCUGUUUUUCUCUCUCUUCAUUUUUCAAAUCAAACGAAUAGUUUGAUCUUCAAAACCCAUCAAUAUAUUUUCCUUAUUCACCCACAAAUACAUCAAAAACAUAGUAUUCAACAAAUAAAAAUUCUUCCUUUUUUGGUUAUUGAAUCAAGAAUUGAUUUUUGUGUGUCUCUGUGUGUGUAUGAAUGGAGUCAGAUAGCAUUGAAUGCAUACCAUCUUUAGAUGGUAUUGAUGUGAAUGAGAUAGUACAUUCUCAGUUGUUUUCUUCUUCAAAGACACCCCAUAACAACAAUAACAAAAAUAAUAACAGUAUCCGUCCAGCAACGAGUGUCCAUGAGCUUCUUGAAUGCCCUGUUUGUACUAAUUCAAUGUAUCCUCCAAUCCAUCAGCUUGAAAUUUCAUUUGGUAAAUGGGUCGCUUACGCUCUAUUGGAUUUGAUUAGAGAGUGUCACAAUGGGCACACCAUCUGCUCAACAUGUAAAGAAAGGGUGCACAAUCGAUGUCCGACGUGUAGACAGGAGCUUGGUGAUAUUAGAUGCUUAGCGCUGGAAAAGGUGGCUGAAUCGCUUGAGCUUCCUUGCAAAUAUGGCUCUCUUGGCUGUCCUGAGAUAUUUCCUUAUUACAGUAAGCUGAAACAUGAGGCAAUGUGUAAUUUUAGACCUUACAACUGCCCGUAUGCUGGCUCAGAGUGCUCAAUUGUUGGUGAUAUUCCUUACUUGGUUGCUCAUUUGCGAGAUGAUCACAAGGUAGACAUGCAUUCAGGUUGCACUUUUAAUCAUCGGUAUGUCAAAUCAAAUCCUAGACAAGUGGAAAAUGCGACGUGGAUGUUAACGGUUUUUAAUUGUUUCGGUCAGUCUUUCUGUCUCCAUUUUGAAGCCUUUCAGCUUGGCGUGGCUCCUGUAUACAUGGCAUUUCUUCGGUUUAUGGGAGAUGAGACAGAUGCUCGAAACUACAGCUACAGCCUUGAAGUCGGGGGCAAUGGAAGGAAACUUAUCUGGGAGGGUACCCCCCGGAGCAUAAGAGAUAGUCAUAGGGAAGUUAGGGAUAGCCAUGACGGGCUUAUUAUACAACGUAACAUGGCACUUUUCUUCUCUGGAGGCGACAGAAAAGAGCUUAAGCUACGUGUUACUGGAAAAAUAUGGAAGGAAAAACGAAAUCCAGAUGGAGGAGCAUGUAUACCAAACCUAUGUAGUUAAUACUCGUAUCUCACAACUCGUGGAUUCAAUUUUUCUUCUCGGAUUACUGGAUACUGUUGUUAGCGUUUAGCAUCGUCUUGAUGUUGAAGAUUCUUCUGUAAAACUAUGGAAGUUGUGUUUAUUUAUCAAGUAGUAAUAAGCUUUUUUGUUCUUGUGUUUGAAA